AUUUUAAAAUUGCUCAACCGUUUUUUUGAAUUUCGCUUUCAAGCUCUAAAAAUAUUGAAUCAUUUUGCAACACCUUGAAACAGCUGACAAAACAGGCCAGCAAUAACACACGCACAAAAGACGCGCAAUUCUUAUGAUCCAGGGGAAACCGAAGUUUUCAAGAUGAGCCUCAUAAGCGGCGACAAGGAAAAUGGAAAGGUUCAGUUUAGUUUUCCAGCGAGCUGGCAGGAUAACACCCUUAUGCAGGUGCAGUUCGCCAUGUUCCGAUCACGACAUCUGGACACGGAGGACUACGACGCAAAACUAAAAUUCUGGAAGGAUCUGAUCGCGGAGUACCUAAAGUUCAGGGGACGCCCUAUUUUCAGUCUGCGGGAUCUGCAACUGCAGUUCAUGCGUGGUGACCAACUUCCCGCCUGUUUGGAUACCGUGAUAUCCGAGAUGCAUCAGGGGAAGCAAAUCCGCUCUCGCACUGAAUUCGAGCACGAUCCUGCGAAUUCCUGGAGCGGCUGGCUGGUCAACAGCCUGGUGAAGCGCCCCCUCUCUUGGAGCUGGUCUAAAAUCAAACACAGCGUGGUGGCGGAGGAUCUGGAGGCCUCUUCCUUAGUUGAUUGGAUUCACCUUAAUGUCUUAAACAAUACUUGCGAACUCAUAACCGAAAAAGUCUUAUCGGAAAACAGUGGAAAACUCAUGCAUUUCGAUGCGUUCAAAUCUCUUUGUAAAUCCCAAGAAGUUCAAAUUCAUUCAGACAAAGAUAUUUGUGUUUGCUUGUUAGCCUUAAAUGUUCGUCAAAUCGUCGGUCUGGAAUUUAAGAUUGAAAAAGGGGUACGCCAAAUUCAUUUGGUCAAAAUACCAAAAAAACAGGGCGAUGAUCUUAACAUCAGCCAAGAAGAUCAUGCCGUCCACAAUCUUCAAAAUACUCAGGCCCAGUUACUCAAGCAGUUGGAAGAUCUAGAGGAAGAAAUCAAAGUAAACGACGACAAAGCGCGUCAGUACUUAAAAGAAAAUAAGCGGCAAAUGGCAAAAACGUAUCUGAGGAAAAGGCAUCUGCUAGAGAAAAAUCACGAACGUCGCAGUAUUGCCUUGCACAACAUCGAGUCCCUUUUGUCCAGCGUCGAUGAGGCACAAAACAGUGGCCUUGUGCUAGACGCCUACAAAAUCGGUUCAAAUACCUUAAAGAAAGUGCUUUCGGACUCUGGCUUGAAGUACGACAACGUCGACGAAGUUCUGGCCGAUGUGCGGGAAACUCUAGACCAGCAUCAGGAAGUCCAGGACAUCAUGUCCAAUAGCGUCGUGGAGGGCGUGGGCCAAGAAGAGGAUCAGCUCGAAAAAGAAUUGCGCGAAUUGUGUGGCGAAUCAUCGCCGGCAGUUUUCGGGCCACUCAUCAAUAACAACGAGAAGGCGGAGGUUGUGAUCACGGACGAGGAGAUGAUUGCCAUGCUGCAAGGUCUAGAGGUUGAGGAUGGUACUGUAUCUCAAUCGAGUACCAGAACCGUGAAAUCUUUACAGGGGCUUUAGUACCGUUUUUUAAUUUCUGUUUAAGUAAAUGGCAUGUGAACCGUUCUGUUACGAAAGUUAAUAAAUUAAUUGAUAUAUUU